CCCAAUUUUAGAAUUGAACAUGCGCAUUUGAGUAAUUAUACGGGCAUCCGAUUGACGUCACGUGGUUUCCCAUGCCCUUUCUUUUCGUACACCAUACAGCUCAAGGAGCCGGUUGGGUCACUCACUGUACCAAAGUAGACUGCCAUACUUGAUUAGAGAUGUCUUCUAAAAAGCUUUCCUUCGCAGAAAACUUCGCUCUUAGUGGAGCUGCUGCCAUCAUUUCCAAAACUGCAGCUGCACCUAUUGAAAGAAUCAAGCUUUUGGUUCAGAAUCAAGAUGAAAUGCUCAAGGCUGGUCGUUUGAGUGAGCCAUACAAGGGUGUCAUUGACUGCACAGUCCGUACCUACAAAACUGAAGGAUUUCUUCCAUUCUGGAGAGGAAACAUGGCCAACUGUAUCCGAUAUUUCCCAACUCAGGCUCUUAACUUUGCCUUCAAGGACAAGAUCAAGCAGAUCUUCAAGGCCUCUAAACAAGACAGCUACAUGUUGGGAUUUGCCAAAAACAUUGGAUCAGGAGGUCUUGCUGGAGCCAUGUCCCUCUGCUUCGUCUACUCCCUCGACUACUGCAGAACCCGUCUGGCUAAUGAUGCCAAGGCAGCUGGAAAAGGUGGCGGAGAACGUCAGUUCAACGGAAUGGUUGAUGUAUACAGAAAGACCAUUGCAUCUGAUGGAGUUGCUGGAUUAUACAGAGGUUUUGUCAUCUCCUGCGUAGGAAUCAUUGUCUACAGAGGUUGCUACUUCGGCUUUUAUGACACUUUACGACCAAUUCUCCUAGGAGACAAUGCUAGUGUCUUGUUAUCAUUUGCUCUUGGAUACGUGGUCACAAUUAGCGCUGGGCUGGUCUCCUACCCCAUCGAUACAAUCAGGAGACGUAUGAUGAUGACAUCCGGUGAGGCUGUCAAAUACAAGGGAUCAUUGGAUUGCGCUAUGGUCAUUAUCAAGAACGAGGGAUUCAUGAGCUUGAUGAAGGGAGCUGGAGCCAACAUUCUAAGAGGUGUAGCCGGCGCUGGUGUGCUCGCUGGAUUCGACAAAUUCCAAGCCCUCUAUAUUGCCUGGCGUUUAGGCAACGAGAAGUAGAUAUUGUGACUGUUUUAGUGAAAUUUUCAAUGAGUGAUAUAUUUUUACCUGGUUGAACAACAAAGACUGUUCUGUCAAUUAACACAAUUUUGCAAAAGAGUGUCUUGAGAGUAAUACAUGUUCUAUUCAGUAUUGUUGUGUUGACACAUUUCAUUACUUCAUGUUAACAUCAGUAAACCUGGAAAUGCAUUGUUAAUAAAAUAAGUUAUUAGACAACAACAUAAAGAA